GACCCAUAUGUCCAUUGGAAACAACAUCAGAUGAAGAAUACGAGAAGCGUGCUUUUAAUGCAGGCAAAGAUGAAUACGUUUUAGCGUGACAUACAUAUGGACGUUCUUAGCUUCCGCGGCGUGGUACCUUGCAAAAUUGCUAGCGGGUUAUCAUGUAAUCUGCAUUGCAGGAGAUCUAUCAGGGUCUUGUCCCAAAGAUAGGGAAUCGGCACCGAUACCUUUUACGCAGCACUUCAUGUCUGAUGAGAUUUGCAGCCCCGAACACCGCCUGCCCGUUGUAACAACCGUGCUGGAGUCACUCAUUUCUAAAUUGAAAGUCUGGCAAGCUCGGAAAGACAAGGUCUUGGCUUCAAGUCUGGCCACACCCAUGCCGCAGUUCAGAGGAAGCCCUCAAUUGCUCGUGUACGCUUUCAUCCAUCUUUUCAUCUAUCUGGCCAAGUCAUUGAUCCAUCACGGAAAAAUACUCACUACCUUUGGCGGUGCAUGUGACACCUUCAUCAAUGUUCUUGCACCAAUCAUAGAUGACAUAGCUUAAAGUAUCCAAGUAUAUAACACCAAGGGUUUCUCCGGAAAAAUCGUUCUCAAUAACAACCGCUUCCUCUGCAUACAUCAACUAUCAUGUAUUCCUUAAUCCCAAUCCUUUCCUUUGCGGCCACUCUUCUAGGAGCAGUCUCUGCCGCUCCUCUAGAGGCACGAGCGGUCUCCAGGACCUCUGCACCAUCAGGUGCUGUUAUUGUCGAUGCAACCGGCAAAACAGCGGGAUCGUACACCACCUUUCAAAAGGGAGUGAAUGCCCUCUCCACCACUACCACUACACCUCAAUAUCUCUUCAUCUACCCUGGAACCUAUACCGAACAAGUCUACGUUCCAGCUCUCAAUUCCAACCUCACAAUCCAAGGAUACACCACAGAUGCAAGCACCUAUGCUGGUAACCAAGUCACUUUGACUUACAACCUUGCACUCAAAGAUACUACCUCCGAUGACUUGACAGCUACUUUACGUCAAUGGAACAAGAACACCAAGGUCUACAAUCUCAUUAUCCAGAACACAUUUGGACAUAUCUCUUCCAACGGUCAAAACCUUGCUAUCUCUGCCCACACCACAAACCAAGGAUAUUAUGCCACCCAGUUCAUCGGAUACCAAGAUACUAUCCUCGCCAACACCGGAACUCAACUUUAUGCUAAAUGUCUCGUCGUCGGUGCCAUCGAUUUCAUCUUCGGCCAAACCGCCCAAGCCUGGUUCGAAAACAACGAUAUCCGCACCAUUGCCGCCGGAUCCAUCACUGCAUCUGGACGUGCCGAUGACAGCAAUCCAUCUUGGUAUGUGAUUAACAACUCGAACAUCCAAAACAUCAAUUCCAGCGUCGCCACCGGCAACAAUUACUUGGGACGUCCAUGGAGAAACUAUGCCAGAGUCGUUUUCCAAAACUCUUACUUGGGAAAUAACAUCAAGGCUGCUGGGUGGAGUGUUUGGAGUAGCUCUACCGCUAAUACUGAUCAUGUUGUUUUUGAAGAAUAUGGCAACACUGGACCCGGUUCCAAUUCUUCCGGCGUACAAAGAGCAACCUUCAGUUCCGGCAUCAGCAAAGCCAUUCCUAUCACCACCGUUUUGGGAAGUGCUUAUUUGAACGAAUGGUGGGUUGAUAGCAGUUAUUUGUAAAGAGAUAACUAUGGGCUUUUCGUUCAAAAAAACGAGAUCCAAACCAUUGAGCAUGCAAGGGCCGUGAUGAAUGAAUUAGGGAUUCAUUCUAAAGAUAUAAAGUUGGGGUCUGAAAAUAUUAGAUAAUGAAUUGAUGAUUAAUGAUUCACGUUUAUUUUAA